AUGUCUCAAUCUCUAAUUGUCUUUGAGCCAUCAGGGAAAAUUAAUUACCUGUAUAACAAUAAAAUAAGUGGGUUUAAUGAACACAUUGCAAGUAUCGUCAAUGAGACGUACAACGAAUUAGAAACAAAUUUUUUCACAACAAGCUCCAAUCAGAAAAGAUUCUAUAGUUAUAAGAGGGAUAAAAGAUAUGCUUCUUUAUUCUUUGAUAUUGUGACAACAGUGGAUAGUGAAAAGAUAAAACAAACGUUGAUAGGGAUAUUAAAAACAUACACUAAGAUCACUGAAGAUCACGACGUAGACGAUGAAGAAACGGAAGGGAAAGUCAAAAAGUUGAUAGAUUAUCAAUUUAAUCAAUUGAUGAAGUAUAAACAAACGGAAAAGCCUGUGACGAAAGGUAUUGAGGCACCAUUAUCGGCAGUUUCUAGUAAUAGUGGUACGAGCACCCCAAACAAACAGAAGCCAGGAGCCGGCACUAAAAAGAUGAGAAAAUGGGACGGAGAUCAGAUGGUUGAAAAUAGCGGAGACUCCCAGGUAUUGGAUUUCUCUAAUAAAAACGAAUCCAGUAAUAACGAUAGUAGGGUUGAUAACAACCAGCUUAAGGUUGACCCAUCGGCAUUUAGCAAGAAUAACGAUUUGGUGCUAGUGCAAGAAUUGAACGACAUUUUGGGUGAAGAUGAUGAUGAUGAGGAAGAAGAAUCCGCUAACACUAAGUCAGGAGGCUUUUUUGGUAAGGUUACUUCCUACUUUGGUUCGUCGAUUAACAUAGACGAGAUUUCAAAGAAAUUCUACGAUCAAUUAAUAACCAAAAACAUUGCUCCUCCCACUGCUAAAAUAAUUCUCGACAAGAUCAAAAUCAAACUUGGUAACAAACAAGGAGUCACAAUCGCUAUGUAUAAACAAACUAUGGUUGAAGAAUUAACCAAGAUUUUAACCCCUAAUGUGUCUACAGACUUAUUGUAUGAAAUUAAAGACCGUUCUUCAUCAGGUAAGCCAUAUGUUAUAUCGGUUGUGGGUGUCAAUGGUGUUGGUAAGUCUACUAAUUUAGCCAAGUUGGCGUACUGGUUCUUGCAGAAUAAUUUGAAUGUUUUAAUCUGUGCCUGUGAUACAUUUAGAUCGGGUGCAGUCGAACAAUUGAAAGUGCAUGUCAAUAAUUUACAAAAAUUGAAUAAUUCUUCAUCCUCUGAAUCUAAGAUCGACAUCUUUGAAAAGGGGUACGGUGGGGGUGAUCAUGUCGUCGCAACUGCUAAGCUGGCAAUUCAGCAUGCCUCAAACGAACAUUACGACAUAGUUUUAAUUGAUACUGCUGGUAGAACACAUUCCAACGCCAAAUUAAUGACUCCAUUGAAAAAGUUUGGUGAUGCCGCCAACCCAGAUAAGAUUAUCAUGGUGGGUGAAGCUUUGGUUGGUACCGACUCAGUUGAGCAAGCAAUAAAUUUUAAUAAUGCAUUUGGUAAUAGGCGUAAUUUGGAUUUCUUCAUUAUAUCCAAGGUUGAUACCGUGGGUGACUUGGUAGGUACGAUGAUUAAUAUGGUUAUGGCUACAAAGGUACCAAUCUUGUUCGUUGGUACUGGUCAAACUUAUACUGACAUUAAGAGAUUAAGUGUUAAAACUGUAGUCGAUAUGUUAAUGAACUAA